UAUUCUCAAAAAUUUCCCUCAUCUAUUUUAUAUCCUUUAACUUUUGGCUUCUUUUUUCAGUAAUUUCUGAUAUAAAUUUUUUAUUUAAAUUUUCUACAUUUUUUUCUCUUUUUUCAUUUGUUUCUUUUUAUUUUUCCUUUGUCGGCAGCUGGCAGUUGUCCAAGUAUUGGCAGUUACAUAUUGCUUUUUUAGAUCAUUUGUCCCUACUUUGUACCACCCCCUCUUUCUUUUUAUAUUUUUCUUUCGAUGUUUGGAACUGUGGGAGAGGGAAAAAGUGAAAAAAACUGGUUUUUAUUUUGUUGUUUACAAUCAUUUUAUUUUUUACGACUGAUUUUGAACAAUUGGCAGCAAUUGGAGGGGAAAUUUUUUUUCUUUUUUUUUCUUUUUAUUGCUAAAAUACAAUUUACUAAAUUAUUUUUAUAAAAAUAAAAAUAUUAAAAACUUUUUUAAUCAAAAAUUUUUGAUUAAAAUUUUUUUGAUGUUCUGAAAUUACUGAUAGGGGGAUUACUGACUUUUCUUUUAAAUUUUGGAGAUUAUAAUACAACUAAAUAUUUUGAAGAAUAAUUUAAUUUAGAUGCCGAUUUAUUAAUUAAAAUAUUUUAAUUUUUAAAUAUUUUUUAAUAGCAAAAAUUUAGAAAAAAAAAUAUUUAAAAAUUUAUUUAUUUCUUCCUUUUCACUCUCUCUAACAUUUUCCUUUUCUCCUAUUGGCUAUUUGCUGGCAGAGAGCACAGAAAGUGAAGUGGGUGGUUUUGUGUCUGUCAUUUCCCUUUAUUUAUUUUAGGUUAUAGAACAAGAGAAGGUUACGCCGCUCUUUCCUUUUUACUUAUUAAAAGUCUUUUUUUUUCACAAUUCUCUUCAUAAAUAAAUAAUAAAAAAGGGGAAAAAUAAAAGGGAAAGAGGAAGAAAUUAAAUUGAUGGCGAUUAUUUUGUUUGGAUUUUAAAUAAAAUUUUUUAAAAAAAUAUAAAAAAUAUUAAUUUUUGGGAAAGAAAAUUUGAAGAUUUUUGGAUUUUAAAUAUUCAAAACUUUGAAUACUUUUUCCAGAUUUUCUGUUCAAGUUUUAAGUAAAAAAUAAAAUGUAAUCCCAAAUCACUCUGAGGAGGGCCAAUGAAAGUGACGUGUUAUUUAUUAGGGGGAAUUAUAUUAACGGGAUUUUCCUGAAAGUGUAUCAAAUAAAUAAUUUUAAUUUAUUCUUCGAAUUAAAUAAUAAAAUUAAUUUGGCAUAUUUUUAACCAAAAUUAUUAUAUUUUAACCUUUUCUAACUUGAAGUAUUUUUUAAAAUUUUUUGAGAAUAAUUUGGUUUAUUAUUUUUUUAACAAAGAAAAUAUUUUUUAUUUUAAAACCCAAAAAAUUAGUAUUUUCUAAUUUUGUUUAUUUUCUGUUUUUACGUUUUUGGAAGUUUUUUUCUCAUUUCCUUUCGGCU